AUGGUGCUUCAUGACCCCUUGGAUUGGGCGCUCGAGGCUCAAGUUGUCGUCGACGUCCUUCGCGGAGGAGACCCCCCGGGGUCUGGUGGCGCCUCACAAACGCCCAUGUAUAUUUCCAACCCGGACUUCGUUUUUGCCUCCAUGUAUCAGGAGCCAAGAUUUGCCGCGGGCGCAUUUGCUGACACCGUGCGAAUGCUGUACGCUAAGAGGUUCGCGACGAGCGAGCCAACAAUCGAGGUGUUCGGCAAGCCCACCAUUUCGACCUUCGACUACGCGAGGCGCUUGCUGGAAGAGCGCGAUGGAGUCAUCCGUCCCCAGCAAGCAACCUCGAAGAUAGAACGAAUUUACAUGGUUGGAGACAACCCAAGUGGCGAUAUUCGAGGAGCAAAUGCCGCCGGACCUCCUUGGGUGUCCAACCUCGUGAAAACAGGCGUUUUUCGUGACACGGGCAAUCGGGGCAAUGACGCCAAAGACCCGGCACACUUUGUCCACGACGACGUCAAAGAAUGUGUCAAUUUUGCAAUUGAACGAGAAGCCCGGGGGGGCGAUGAGUAUCCACGUAAUCAAGUCUGA